AUGGAGAGUCCACACGAGCACCAACAAAGCCAGCUGCUUGCCCGCAUCAUCACCAACGUGGAGAAACUGAAUGAAGCCAUUACGGUUUUGAACAAGAACCUCCAGGAGGUCAACGUCCAGAAUAUGAAUGUCGAGCUGGUGGCGCAGAUGUUCAAAAACUACCAGUCGAACGUUCUCUUCCAUCUUGAAGCUACGGAGAACUUGAAGGAACCAGCGCCAUAG